CAUUCCCAUCCCAUUCCCCACUCUACUCAUUCAGCAGAUCCCGUCACUCGCUCUCCACAAGCAGAGCACCGCAGCAGAACGAGGAAGGAUGCUGGCCAUCUUCCAGAAGCAGGUGGCGCACGCGCCGCAGGAGCUCAACAGCCCCCGCGCCGGCGCGUCGCCCAGCAAGCCCCGGAACCCCGACGAGAUCCUGCGCGACUUCCACGCCGCGCACCCGGCCGCCGCCUUCUCCGCCUCCUUCGGCGGCGGCGCCGCGCUCGCCUGCGUCGGCCCCUCCUCCUCCGCCACCGCCACCGGCACCGCCACCUACCAGCGGAUGUUCUGCGGCCUGGACCACAUCUACUGCGUCUUCCUGGGCCGCCUCGACAACCUCAGCGGCCUCAUCCGCCAGUACGGCCUGUGCGGCCGCUCCACCAACGAGGCGAUGCUGGUCAUCGAGGCCUACCGCACGCUGCGCGACCGCGGGCCCUACCCGGCCGACCAGGUCGUCAAGGACCUCGCCGGCGCCUUCGCCUUCGUCGUCUUCGACAGCCGCUCCGGCGCCGUCUUCGCCGCCCUCGGCGCCGCCGACGCCGGGGGAGCGCCGGUGCCGCUGUACUGGGGCGUCGCGGCCGACGGGUCCGCGGUGAUCAGCGACGACCGGGACCUGGUCAAGCGCGGCUGCGGCAAGUCCUACGCGCCCUUCCCCGCGGGCUGCAUGUUCCACAGCGACGGAGGGCUCAAGAGCUUCGAGCACCCCAUGAACAGGCUCAAGGCCAUGCCGCGCGUCGACAGCGAGGGCGCCAUGUGCGGCGCCACCUUCAAGGUCGACACCUUCACCAAGAUCAACUCCAUGCCCCGUGUUGGCAGCGCCGCCAACUGGGCCGCCUGGGACGAAGCCAUCUAGUAGAUCUAGCCUUGCCAUGUACACUGCGCUGCCUGCAACCCGUUCGCCGGUGCCCCUGCCCCUGCCCGUGGUCUUUUAUCAUCCUUCCAACCACGAGACUUUGCUUCUAAACCAGAGGCUCCAUCUGUGUGCCGCCUUGUUUUACUAGAAAUCUUUUUUUUUAUCCUUUUUCACUUUUCCUGCCUAGUUUUUCCCCUUAUCCUGGCAUUGUACAAAUAAUUUCUCCAGUGCUUGUAGCUUGUGGACUUGGGUUGUCCAACAUGUCAUGAAUACAAACUGAGUUUGCUUCA